AUGGAAGAAAUACCUUUUUUAAAAAGAAGUUUGCCAAGUUUAAUAACAGCAACCACAUCAACUACAACAACUGCUACCAGUAGCAGCGAUAGUAGUAACAGUAGAAAUAGCGACAGUAGCAGUAAUACCAUUACUAGGACAAGUAUUAUCACAAACAGUUCUGUUGAUGAUUCAAUGAAAACUUCGAAUACUCCUGUCUCAACAUCAACAAUAUAUGUAGCAGCUAUAACUCCACCUGCUGCAGAUAACAACCCAUUUAUUUAUCACACAGGAUCAACGCCAGAUGGCACUGUGUUUAUUGCAAUGGGUUGUAUUGUAGGUGCAAUAUUUUUCAUCAUCUUCGCAUGGUGGUGUUUAACUACCUACAUAUCAUACAAAAACACUAAAGAAGCAAACAAAUUGUUGAACCAUAACGCUCUUUACUAUUCAAUAGAAAAGCAACCGUUAACUAAUGGAAAAAACAAUAGAAAAAAUAAUGUUGAUAUCAAUGCUAAUAGGAUUCCAUCUGAUUCGUCGUCAUUUGGCAAAAUGAGUUGUGAAGAUUAUGAAUUCGAAGAAAAAUAUCUGAAUCGAUUUAAUGAUUUAGAAUUUGGUCUAAACCAAGACACUACAACAAAUACCUUAAAUCAACACCAUUAUCAUCAACCUCAACAACAGCAGCAGCCAUUUAGUGUGAUUCAAUCGGAUAUGAGUUGUAGAAAUUCACUAUUUAUAUCACCAACAUUACAAUUAUCCCAAAGGACAGAGGAUAUGUAUCAAACACCCACAAAAAAUACAGAAGCCAAUUCUGAGAUCGUAUUAGAUAAACCUACUUUGACUGCUUCACCAGAAAGAAUGAACAGACACAUGAGAAAUAAGCACAGACGGAAUCAGUCGUCAUUAGGUAGAUUAUCGGCAUCACCAUCCAAAUCACAGAUUGAAUUAUCUAAUCAACAUCAUAAGUCCGCUUCAAUGUAUCUGGAAGAUAUAUUAAACUCCAAUAAGUAA